AUGGCGAAAAGCUCAAGGUCAAGCGUCAUCAAGUCAAACAACCGGCGGCUCAAGAAGAAUGUGUUCGGCCCAGUCGAGUCAGCACGUGCUGAGCGCCUCUCAGCAAAACUUCUGGCCCUUGCCGCCGAGGCCAAGCCAGUGAAAGACGUGGAGAUGAACGAAGAGCCUGUGGAGGAGACCAAAGACGCCGCUACCAAGGAGGACACCGCCAUGGAGGUGGAAGAUGCUAAGCCGGUGGGCAAGAAGCCGGGCGGAGUCAGGAGUCAGGCAACACAACAACGGCUACGCGGCGGAAAGGCCACCAUCAGCAAUGUUGGGCCCAGUGUCGGGGCCAGGUCGACGGGCUUGGUUCUGGGGACACACAAGAAACUAAUACCCCACCAACUACGCCGAUUCCCUCCCGUGGAGAUGACGGCGCACAGUCGUCGCGAUGGGACUUUAAGCUCCGUGUUUUUGCUUGCCGCCAACAUCCUGAUUCCUAUCGCCAUCUUCGUAUUUGCGACGGGCUUCUUCCCAUACAAACCACUGCUUUCUGGUCUGGCAACCUACGAUACCGUGACCGAGUAUGGCGACCCUCCGGCGGCCCCGUUUGACAGGCUCGUAUUCAUGGUGAUCGACGCCCUGCGAAGGGCCGCCCAAGCUGACCGGCCCAGGCUCAUUCGCGAUGGCGCCGCACUCCCCUUCACGGCGCAUGCCACCUCCCCGACCGUCACGAUGCCGCGACUCAAGGCGAUAACUACCGGCUCGAUCCCCUCCUUUCUCGAUGUCGUUCUCAACCUCGACGAAGGGGACGAGAGCUCCAGCUUGGCGUCUCAAGACACGUGGCUGGCGCAAAUGAAGGCCAAGGGCACGGGGAAGCUGGUUAUGUACGGGGACGACACAUGGUUGAAGCUGUUUCCGGGAACCUUUGAUCGCGCCGACGGGACCACGAGCUUCUUUGUUUCGACCACAUUGGCCACAAGGGUGGACCAAGGAGCCAUCGAGGCGCAAGACCAUCUCCAGUCAACCCUAUUCGUGGUCUGCGGCGACCACGGCAUGAACGACGCCGGCAACCACGGCGCAUCAUCCCCUGGCGAGACCUCUCCGGCACUGGUGUUCAUGUCCCCGAAGCUGAGAGCUCUGAAAAGCAACCUUCAGUCGCCUAUGCCGGAGGAUGAGAGCUUCCAGUAUUAUAGCACCGUCGAGCAGUCGGAUGUUGCCCCGACUCUUGCUGCUUUGCUCGGUUUCCCAGUGCCCAAAAACAACCUGGGCGCGCUCAUCCCUGAAUUUUUACCGUUCUGGUCUAACAGGAAGGAUCAGGUUCAGCUGCUGAUGCGUAAUGCUCGCCAAAUUCGGGACAUUGUCCUGGCAGUGUUCGGCCCGGGCAUUUUCGAAUCAAACCCAGAUGCAGACGCUGCUACCGAGCCCAACACCGACUAUCGAGAACUGGCGCUCGGCUGGGAAAGGCUGGCUGGUAGCUAUAGCAAAGGCACGGGCAAUGGGGACCACUCCCAGCUUAUAGUCUCUACAACAAAGUGGCUUCGACAUGCGCAGGGGGUUCUCAGCAGUAUGGCCAGCAAUUAUGAUACCUCGAGGCUUUUCCUAGGACAAGCUACCGCCGGUGUGGCUCUGGUUGCCGCCAUCAUUGCCGCGGCGUGGUGCGCCAAGGACAAGCUUGUCUCCUUCACCCCCCUCUCCGGUAUCGUUCUCGCCUAUGGGGCGAUGAUGUUUGCAAGCAGCUAUGUCGAGGAAGAACACCACUUCUGGUACUGGGCGACAACGGCCUGGUUUGCAUAUCUCGGCAUCAAAGGGUACAAGCGGUAUGUCUCCCGUCACUCCCCAUCCGAACCCCUACUCAUCCGUAACAGAGGCAACGUCUCCGCCGCGCGUCAGACCCUCUUCACCACAGCCCUGCUCCUCACCACUCGCAUCAUCAGGGGCUGGAACCAGACAGGCCAAAAGUUUGCCGGUGAGCCCGACAUUGUCAAAACCUACCUCAACACCAACCCCGCCCUGCUCUGGUGCCUCAUCGGCGCCACCUAUCUCUGGGUCCACCAGAACCUGGUCUACGGCCUCAGCGGGCUGCCCAUCUGGCUCAGCUUUACGACUACAACCGGCCUGGUCCUCGCAGCAUUCACCUUCAAGGUCGCCUUCACCCUCGAAGACGCCCCAGAACUGGUCACCGACCUCGCCCGCUACAUACUAAAGCUCAACUUCACCCACGGCGCCACCCUCAUCACCCGCGCCCGCGCCGUCUUCAUCGGCUUAGCCCUACUCACAGCCAUAACUGUCCUCUUCAUGCUCGCCCGCCGCCGCAUCUCCCUCAACCAAAGCGGUAUGCCACCCCCCUCCCCCCCCAACCCGAAAAUUGAAGGAAGAAAGGCAAGCUCCUACUAG